AUGGCUACCUGGCUGGGUUCAGCCCCUCUCGGGUGGACCAGGAGGUCUUUGAGCUCCUGCACAGGCCCCCCGGCCCCGCAGCACGUGCACGCUCUGCGCUGGUACAGGCACAUAGCAGCCCUGCAGCGGGAGACCCCCAGCCCAGAUAGCAGCACCUUUGAUUAUGGCUUCUUGCUGCACACAAGUGAGGAGGCCACAGCCACCGUGGCUCUGAAUGAGUACCUGAGCUCCCGCAGCUACCUGGCUGGGUUCAGCCCCUCUCGGGUGGACCAGGAGGUCUUUGAGCUCCUGCACAGGCCCCCGGCCCCGCAGCACGUGCACGCUCUGCGCUGGUACAGGCACAUAGCAGCCCUGCAGCGGGAGACCCCAGCCCAGAUAGCAGCAGUGACCUUUGAUUAUGGCUUCUUGCUGCACACAAGUGAGGAGGCCACAGCCACCGUGGCUCUGAAUGAGUACCUGAGCUCCCGCAGCUACCUGGCUGGGUUCAGCCCCUCUCGGGUGGACCAGGAGGUCUUUGAGCUCCUGCACAGGCCCCCGGCCCCGCAGCACGUGCACGCUCUGCGCUGGUACAGGCACAUAGCAGCCCUGCAGCGGGAGACCCCCAGCCCAGAUAGCAGCAGUGAGUAG